AUGGCUGGGAUUACCCUUUGGCUGGUGGCUGGUCUGGUCGGUCUGAUUACCGUCUUCAUUCUUCGGAAUACACUGUUCAAGUCCCAGGAAGUGGCUGAGCCUAUCGAAGAGGAUGAUGGUGACGGGUCUAACUUUGUUGAACGGCUUGAGCUUCAAAAGAAGAGGAUCGUUAUCUUCUUCGGAUCGCAGACAGGCACUGCUGAAGAAUACGCUAUCCGUAUUGCGAGAGAGGUCAAAUCGCGCUACGGUACAUCGCCCUUGGUUGUGGACCCUGAACCGGAAGAAUUUGACAAACUUGACCUACUGCCCGAAAACUGUGUUGCUGUGUUUGUAAUGGCCACCUACGGCGAAGGCGAACCAACAGACAAUGCCGUGGCUAUGAUGGAUUUCCUGAAGUCGCCCGAUGUUGCGUUUACCAACGGAUCAACGCUUGAGAAUCUUCACUAUGUUGCGUUUGGUCUUGGUAACCGCACGUACGAGUACUUUAAUGAAGCAAUUCGACAGCUCGAUGCGCGUCUGUUGGAGCUUGGUGCUCACCGCAUUGGUGAGCGUGGUGAAGGCGACGACGAAAAAGGUCUGGAAGAAGACUACCUCGCGUGGAAAGACCCUAUGUUCGAGGAGCUUGCUGCGUACCUGGAAUUGGAAGAAGGCGCUACCGGCGACGUGUCUGACUUUGCAGUCACGGAAUGUGACAGCGAGAUGCCGUCGGUUUUCCGCGGCGAAUACCAUUCACGUGGUCUCAUGGGUCUGAGCGGCAAUCAUGAUGCUCGGAAUCCAUGCCCAGCACCCGUGGCUCACACUCGUGAGUUGUUUGUUGAAGGUGCGGCAUCCCGCUCAUGCGUGCAUGUGGAAUUUGAUAUCAGCGGCAGUGGUAUCACUUAUCAGCACGGCGACCAUUUGGCGGUUUGGCCCAGCAAUCCUGAGCCACAGGUUGAGCGAUUCCUUGCGGUGCUGGGGUUGUGGGAGAAACGUCAUACUGUGAUCAACGUUAAGUCGCUGGAUCCGCAGCUGGCAAAAGUACCAUUCCCCGUGCCGACGACAUACGAGGCUGUUGCCCGCUACUACCUAGACAUCGACGCACAUGCUAGUCGCCAGGCAUUGGCCUCUUUCGCUCAGUUUGCACCGAAUGAAGUGGCGCGGGAUGAACUCGUGCGAUUGGGUAAAGAUCGCGAUUACUUCCGCGAGCGCGUGUCCGAUCACUGUUACAAGAUUGGCCAAGUGCUACAGCUUGUGGCAGGUGAUUCACUUGCUGACGAUGACAUUCUCAAGUCUACACCGUGGCCAAUUCCUUUUGAUCGUGUAAUUUCCGCGAUUCCCCGUCUAUCGCCUCGCUUCUACUCAAUUUCAAGCAGCCCGAAACUGUCACCAGACCGCAUUCAUAUCACCGUUGUGGGUCUACGGUACACACCGCCGCAGGCAUCCUUCGAUACGUUUGGUCUCGCCUCGAACUUCUUGAGCGCCGUCAAAAUGGCCGUGCAUGAUGAGACGCCUGCUCUAGGCGAUCCCCGUUACGGCGCUCCCUUAUACCAUUUGGGUGGGCCCCAGGGUAAAUACAUGUCAACAGAUGAAAGUGGUCGGAAGAACAUCAAGGUACCUGUACAUGUGCGGCGUUCAAAUUUCCGUCUUCCAACCUCGACAAAGGUGCCGAUCAUUAUGGUAGGUCCAGGAACUGGCGUUGCACCGUUCCGUUCGUUUGUGCAAGAGCGCGUGGCGACGGCGCGCAAGGCUAAAGACAAAUUGGGCUCAGAGGCGCUGAAUGACUGGGCUGAUCUGCACUUGUACUACGGGUGCCGUCGAAGUGAUGAGGACUUCUUAUACUGUGACGAAUGGGGCCAGUAUGCGAAAGAGCUCAACGAUAAGCUCAAGCUGCGGCUAUCGUUUUCCCGAGAGGUGUUUAAACCAGAUGGCUCUAAACUUUACGUGCAAGACCUCAUUUGGGAAGACCGCGAAUACCUGGCCGAUGCUAUCUUGAACAAGCGUGCUUAUAUCUACAUUUGUGGUGAGGGUAAGAGUAUGUGCCAUGAUGUAGAAAGCACUUUGGCUCGCAUUCUUGGCGAAGCCAAGGGCGUAGACGAAGAAGCUGGUCGAGCAGAGCUCAAACAACUCAAGGAGCGCAACCGCAUGAUGCUGGAUGUAUGGUCGUAA